UCUCUCCUAGCAGCAGCAGAGUGAGUGCUGUAGCACGCAGUGGCAGACCUGUGGAUAGUCGGGACGCCGAGGGCACAAAAAGGAAGCGAGCCGUUUGACGGAUGCAGUUUUAAAUGCGUUCUCUCUCUCUCGCUCUCUCUCUCUCUCUCGUCAUCAGUUCAUAGCGUCUCUGCUUCCGAGCUAACCAUUCCCGGACCAGGGUUGGUGCUCCUUCUCGGGCUGACGCGCCUUGCUCGGUGAGGUCAACUAACGCAGCGGCUGGAGGCGAGCUCGUCGUUGUGUUGCCACGGCGGCGGCGCUUCGCUCUGUGAGGAGUUCUUGGCGCCCGCGCUGUGCUCCGGAUGAAGGAGAAGGCGGAGCCGGCGGCGGGCUCCGGCCUGCAGCCGCAGAGGACGGAGGAGAAGGGCCGCGGAACGGAGGCGGUGGUCGUGGUGGCCGUGCGCGCCGCGGCGAGGGAGAUCUCCAAGACGGCCGUCGCGUGGGCGCUCACGCACGUCGUGCAGCACGGCGACAACAUCCUGCUGCUCGUCGUCAUCCCGCCGCAGAGCUCAGGUAGGAAGUUCUGGGGCUUCCCGUUCUUUGCAGGGGAUUGCGCGAGUGGCCAUAAGGCAGUGUUGAAUCAGAAGUCGGAUGUCUCUGAGUUGUGCUCUCAAAUGAUGCUAAAACUUUGCGAUGUAUAUGAUCCAAGCAAGAUAAAUGUGAAGGUUAAGGUUCUAUCUGGAUCACCUUCAGGUUGCGUGGCCGCUGAAUCAAAGCGAGCACAGGCAAGCUGGGUUGUGCUAGACAAGGAGUUGAAGCAUGAGGAGAAACGUUGCAUGCAAGAACUGCAGUGCAAUAUUGUUGUUAUGAGGCGUUCUCGGCCCAAAGUUCUUCGGCUGAAUCUGGUGGGAUCACCGGAAAAGGAGCCCAAAUCAACUCUCCCGGUACCACCUGAGCCGAGUGCUCCAGUUGGUAAAACUUCAAGUAAUGUGAACGAACAGAGGAAUUUGAUUCGAGGACCGGCUAUGACACCAAAUAGCAGCCCGGAGUCAGAAACACCGUUUGACACUACUGAUGUUGGAACAUCCUCUGUCUCGAGCUCCGACCCUGCCACUUCAUUUUGCGCUUCAGACACGAAUAACUCUUUGAAGAACGAGGCCACCAAGGACAAUAUCCAGCAUUCAGAUGUCAAUAUUUCUGAUUCUGGGAGUGAAACUUCAACAACUCCAGCAGCCUCAUCACUUCAGCCAUGGAUGGCUCACAUUUUACAGGCACCUGCAUCCUCCAGAUUAGUAGGAAACCGCCCUAGAAGGACUCCUACUGCAGAUUCGUUGCUUGAGAAGAUUGCCAAACUUGAUCUCUUGACUGAAAUUAAUGCAAUCAGAAGCAGGUCUGACUUGAACUUCAGAGGAAAUGUGAGAGAUGUUGUCUCAUUGUCAAGGAGUGCGCCCCCAGGACCGCCACCUUUGUGUUCAAUAUGUCAGCAUAAGACGCCUGUAUUUGGAAAACCGCCACGGUGGUUCAGCUACGCAGAACUGGAACUUGCAACUGGUGGCUUCUCGCAAGCAAAUUUCUUGGCUGAAGGUGGGUUUGGGUCUGUUCACAGAGGUGUGCUACCUGAUGGCCAAGCAAUUGCUGUUAAGCAACACAAACUUGCUAGCUCCCAAGGUGAUGUGGAGUUUUGCUCAGAAGUGGAGGUUCUGAGUUGUGCACAGCACCGGAAUGUUGUAAUGCUGAUUGGUUUUUGUGUUGAAGACAAGAGGCGUUUGUUAGUUUACGAGUACAUCUGCAACAAAUCUCUGGAUUCACAUCUUUACGGUCGUAACAAAGAAACUUUGGAGUGGGCCGCCAGACAAAAGAUUGCAGUCGGAGCCGCUAGAGGGCUGCGAUACCUCCAUGAAGAAUGUAGGGUUGGUUGUAUAAUCCACCGUGAUAUGAGACCAAACAACAUCCUUGUCACACAUGAUUUUGAACCACUGGUCGGAGAUUUUGGCUUGGCUAGAUGGCAACCUGAUGGAGACAUGGGUGUUGAAACAAGAGUUAUUGGCACAUUUGGUUAUCUGGCACCUGAAUAUGCUCAGAGUGGGCAAAUAACUGAGAAGGCUGAUGUCUACUCAUUUGGGGUUGUAUUAGUCGAACUUGUCACUGGACGCAAGGCUGUUGAUAUUAACAGACCGAAGGGCCAGCAAUUCCUGACCGAAUGGGCUCGCCCUUUGUUGGAAGAGUAUGCAAUCGAUGAGCUUAUUGACCCAUGCCUAGGACGCCGCUUCUGCGAAAAUGAGGUCUACUGCAUGCUGCAUGCAGCAAACCUGUGCAUCAGGCGUGACCCUCAUUCAAGGCCGCGGAUGUCCCAUGUUCUCCGCAUACUAGAGGGCGACAUGGUUGUGGAUUCUGGCUGCAUUUCAGCUCCAAGCAGUGAUUCUGGGAGCAGGAGCUGGCGGCUGCUAAGUGAUCGGCAGCGUUAUGAAGAGCACAGUCGCCCAGUUCAACAUGAUUCACAGCGUUUGGACGAAGGAAAACACUCUUACAAGAUCAUGAGAACUGCCUGGGAUCAAGAACUGCAGAACUUGUCUCACAGAUACUAACAUCCUUGUGCAGAAUGCAGUGAAAUGUGAACUGUUUCUAGUCCUUUUGUGUAGUCCCUCAUUGUUCAAUCCUACCCUCUUCAUACUCUUCUUCCCUUUGGCUUUACAUUGACAAUGAUGCCGAUGUUUUUGGUGCUAUGUCGUGUGUGCAGUGGCAGAAAUGGUAGUUGCAGGCUUACAUUAUCCUGAGAUCUGGAUUGUUAAUUGUAGCAGCGGCAGCUCCUGAUUUCUGUAUGGAUUGAGGAGACGGUAUCGUCCCAAUCUUGUUUAUAGUGCUUGUUAAUUGGAAUCAAUCUGAUUG